AUAUUCACCUUAUAAACUGUUCCUCAUUCGUAUUGGACCACAGGAUCUUCCACCCCUCUCCAUGUUGUUGCUCGUCUCUCUCUCAAAAGUUACGACUCAUUCAUUUCUUUCUCUGAAGCCUGCAGGAUUCUGAACUCUCAAGUCUCAGAACUCUCUUCUCUCUCUCUCCCUCUCUACAAACGAGAAUCACACAAAGAUUUAAAUUGAAUAAGCGACAGAUGGAUGAUUAUUCUGGUAAACGAGCCAUAGAUGGGGUGGCAGUACCUAAAAAGGGGAUGGCUCAUGUAUUUAGAGAUACUGCUAAUGCUAGGGACCGUAAUGGUCGGUUUUGCAGUCGACCGGGUUGCAGCAGUAGAGUGAAUUCUCCAAAGAAUGCUCAAUUCAGUUCAUCUGAAAAAGGGAAAUCUUCAAGGCCUCCAAUCCGAUCUUCAGGUCGUAAGGAAGCUAUCGGAAGUUCCUCUAGAACUUUACCUGGAUCUUAUAACCCAGGAAAAUCCCCUAUAGAGCCCCGGAAAACAUUAUCUUGUCAAUCAGAGACUGCAGCAUGUGAAACGAGUAGUUUACAGGAUGAAACAGAAAUUUCUGAGCUCAUCCCACCACCUGAAAAAAUUCAAAGAGGGCCUCAAGCUGGAGUGGAAAGUUCAGAGUCUAUUAAUAUCAUGCCAAUGGAAGUAGGAAGCUCUAGUGUAGCAUCAAACACAACAUACAGGAGGAGUCUUCGUCAAAAGCCUGGAUUGAAUGGUCAAGAUUUUAAAAGCUCUGCCUCGGUGACACGCUCAGGAGUUAGCAGGUAUGGCUUGAGGAACCUCAGAUGCAAUUCUAUAUCUGAUGUCAUCCCUUCAGGCUGUUCAUCAUCUGAUUCAACCCUGAAUAGAAGGAAAGAUGUGAUGAAAAAGAGAAACUGUGAAGGAGAAAGUAGCUCUGCUAGAGGUAAGAAGAUGAGUGGAUCUUCAGUGGACGGACAACAUUCUGGCUCCAGGAAUGGUAUAUCUAUAUCAGAUUCAAGAAUAUCCAGAAACUUGCCUCCUCACAGGGAUAACAACAACAUUGGAUCAGUUAGAACUAGAAGAUCUUUCAAUGGUCAUGCCAGGGGAAGGCUUCCUAGCCAAGAAAAUGAAAACCCUGCACCACCCAAUGAGUCCCCUAUUACCAUAUCAUCUUUGCCUCAUUCCAGUGACCUUAAUGCUCAUGAUUUAUUACAUCACUCCUCGUUGAAUACUCCCCUGAGAAUUCCAAGAUCUUACAGUAGACCGGGUAGUAGCAGUGAGCAGUUAUUUGGUGUUUUGCCCCCAUCCCCUUCAGAAUAUGGAAUCACUCGUUCUCUUAUAAACCGGGACAGUUUCCGACGCUGCAACAUGGAUGGCAUUGCAGAGGUUUUAUUGGCACUCGAGAGGAUUGAACAAGAUGAAGAUCUUACCCAUGAGCAAAUUCUUUUACUGGAAACCAACUUGUUCCUUAAUGGACUAAACUUCUAUGAUCAACAUAGAGACAUGCGAUUGGAUAUUGAUAACAUGUCAUACGAGGAACUCCUGGCUUUGGAAGAAAGGAUGGGUUCUGUGAGCACAGCUCUAACAGAGGAAGCACUUACAGAAUGCCUAAAGAGAAGUUUCCAUCAACCUGCCUCUUCAGAUGAUGCAGCUGAGAGCUGCAAUGAGGAUAAUGAUGACAUAAAAUGCAGCAUCUGCCAGGAGGAAUAUGUGGAGGCAGAGGAAGUGGGGAGUCUGCAAUGCGAGCAUAGAUAUCAUGUGGGGUGCAUACAGCAAUGGCUGCGCCUCAAGAAUUGGUGUCCUAUUUGCAAAGCGUCUGCGGCACCAUCACAUUCGUCUUCCUCAACUUCAACCCCUUGAAUCAAUCCAUUCCAUUGUUUCGUCUUUCUGUCCCCUCUCUGUACAAAAUCAUAUUUACUUCUUAUCGCUUCUUAGUGGUCGCGUCUCACUUGUACAUAGCCAUACCAUCUGUCCCGAUUAUUCAUCAAGUAAUAAAACGAAGCCGCUCCGCUUCAGACUGCAAUUUCUUGUCAAGUUGAAUUAUAACGGUUAAAUCGUAGUCCUUUUUUUCUCUGC